CAAAAUUAAUAGAAUUUCCAGCAGGUUAUUUAUUAUUUGAACAUAUAAAAAUAUAUAAAGAAAGGGAUGACAGGAGUGAUAAUUAUCUUUUUGGUGGGAAAUAUCGAUUUAGAUCACCAAAUGAAUUUAUACCACAUGCUAUAUAUCUAGCAUCUGAUGGAAAAUUAAUAUUUACUACUUAUAUUAAUAAUUUUGAUAAUUGGGUACAAAUAUCUAAUGAGGAAUUGUUAGAAAAUCGAAGAUUAUUAAUUUAUAGACCCAAGGAAAUAGUUUGGGUGAAAAAAUCAAGUGUAUUAAGUGAAAAUCAAAUAGAAGCUCUUAGAAAAUAUAAUAAUCUGAUUGAUGGAUGGCCUGCAAUUGUUGAAUAUGGAGCUAAUAACAAUAUUAUUGAAUUAAAACCUUUGGAAAUUGAUAUUAAAACAAUAAAACUUGGAAAAGAAAAUAUUAGACCAUGGUUAUCUGAAGACAUUAAAAAAAUCAAAAGCCUUUGUUUACAUAAUAAAGAUUUUUAUUAUCAAAAAUCAGAAGGGAAAAUUCUUUUUGGUAAAUUCAUGAAGGCUUUGAGGCAUGGAUAUGAAAUGUCUAACAGCUAUUCAUUAUCUUCAAAAAUAAAAAAAACCAAUAACAAUAAUACAGUAAAUGAUCAUUAUAAACAAAUAUAUUGGGGUAAUGAAUGUAUAAAAAUCAAUGAUUUGGUUAGAAUAGGCAAUGACAAAAGAGGUAGUGAUUUAUGCAUAAAAAUUACUGAAAUAUAUAAAGACAACAAAGAUUCAAUAAAAUUUAAGGGAGAUUUAUUAAUGUCAAUAAAAGAUAAAGACAAACAUAAACAUUGGAUUAAAUUUGAUUUUCACAAAAAAAAAUAUAUUUUUGAUUUGGAUAAAAUUGCUGGAAGUGAUAGUGAUGAUAAUGAUGAAAUUUCACUAACUAAAAAAAAACUUGAUAAAAGAAAAAAUUGUGAUAAUGACAAAGAUUUACCAAUCAAGACCAAAAUUAACAAAGGGAAAAAACCAUCUUCUUUUAAGGCAACUGAUAGACCAGCUGCAAAAAAAGCAAAGCUUGAAGAACAUUUAGAUAAUACAGCAGACUUUAAUCCUUUUUCAAUUCUGAGCACAAAAAAUUCUUCACCAUAUUACAAUAUUUCUUCUUCAUCUAAUACAUCUAUAUCAGCAUCAUCUACAUCUACUUUUUACAAAAUUUCUUCUUCAACUUCAUCCGAAUUUACACCCUCAACAAAAUUCACAAGUCAAUCUACAAUUUCAACUUCAACUGCUAUUCCAUCUACAUCUGGACCUCCAACUAAAACUACAAAUCAAUACACUACAACUUCAUCUUCUAAACCAUCAGUUACAUCAUCAUCAAUCAUAUUUAAGAACAGAAUAAUAAUUACACCCAAGGUUACAACUACACCUACAAAUAAAAUCACAACUACAGCUCCAGUUGCUAAAUCUACAUCUACAGUUGCAAAUUAUAAUUCCCCAACCAAAUAUGCAGCAUGGGUUAACCAGUAUGGCUGGGCUGUUUAUGAUGCAGGGAUGGAUAUCCUUGCUACUCAUAACCUUGGAACAAAUAGUCGUAGGUACAAAGAUUUGUAUAAUUUACGUGAUAUAAUCCACACUGGUAAUCUGGCACCAAAUGGUUGGAGCAACUGGUGA